CGAUUUGAUGCCGCUAAGGGGAACUAAGCUGAUCGCCGAGCCACCACUCCUUACCCGGAAAGAUGGCGGAUCUGAUGAAGCCGACUCAGUUGCAGAAGAGUGUGAAAAUUGCUCCGGGAGCAGUUGUGUGCGUGGAAAGUGAAAUUAAAGGGGAUGUGACAAUAGGGCCAAGAACUGUUGUUCAUCCCAAAGCUCGUAUAUUUGCUGAAGCAGGACCAAUUAUUAUUGGUGAAGGCAAUCUAAUAGAAGAGCAGGCUUUUAUACGAAAUGGUUAUCCUGAAAAUAUUGCACCUGACUCACAAGAUAUGGAGCCAAAACCCAUGGUCAUCGGUACCAACAAUGUGUUUGAAGUUGGAUGCGAUUCUCAUGCAAUGAAGAUUGGCGACAACAAUGUCAUUGAAUCAAAAGCAUUUGUUGGCAGGAAUGUCAUUCUGACUAGUGGCUGCAUCAUCGGUGCUUGCUGUCAGGUGGACACUUGUGAGGUCAUUCCAGAGAACACAGUCAUAUAUGGAUCUGAAUGUCUGCGCAGAGUACAGACCGAGCGUCCACAGCCACAGACCCUUCAGUUGGAUUUCCUGAUGAAGAUUUUACCAAACUAUCACCAUCUUAAGAAGACCACAAAGAUCAGUUCAACCCCAAUGAAAAACUGAAGAUGCACUAAAAACAACAUGCUUCAUGUGGAUGGUCUUUCCCUAACCCUUAUCUUUUACAUUAUAUUCUUUAGUUUUGUUUCAAUACUAAUUAUUUAUAUUUUUCUGUUCUAUGUGUCUAAAGAUAAAUGAAAAAUAAAGCAUACAAAGUGCUGAAAU